UGCGGUAUCCCAGGGUGCAUGUCGCGAGGGGCCCCACCCAGCGCUGUCAAAGUUGACGUGUGGUUACAGAUUCCCGUCCAUGGGCCCAGCAAAACCUGCCCGGGACAUCGCCGAUACAACCUCAAACACACCACAUUUUCAGCCAGGACAAGGUACUACAGACACGGGAGGACCCGUUCGACCUGUUUACGGAACGCCUUGAGCGCUGACAGGCUGGUUGUUGGUGGCUCGUGCAGCGAAACCUUGCCGAGAGCUGGCUGGACCUGGGCUUGUGGGUUUUGGUCUGCAGCCCCGCGCAGACGGUGGAAACCAUGCCCAUGAUGGGGUGUUGGGGCCAAAGGAAGAGCGAGGAAACCAAGGAUCUGGAGAAGAAGCAGAAAAGAGCCAAUCGGAGGAUAGAUGAGCAGCUAAAGAAGGACAAACAAGUCUACAGAGCAACACACCGACUGCUUCUGCUCGGUGCUGGGGAGUCAGGAAAGAGUACCAUCGUCAAGCAGAUGAAAAUUCUGCACCAAAACAGCUUCGAUGAACAGGAGAGGCGUCAGAAAAUCGCAGACAUCAAAAAGAAUAUUCGAGAUGCCAUAAUAACAAUCACCGGCGCCAUGAGCACGUUAACGCCUCCUGUUCCCCUGGCGGAUCACACUUUACAGGCCCGGGUCGACUACAUCCAAGAUGUGGCCACUCAGCCAGAGUUCUCCUAUCCCCCGGAAUUCUACGAGCAUACAGAACUCCUGUGGAAGGAUGGCGGCGUGCAGGCCUGCUACGAGAGGUCCAAUGAGUAUCAGCUCAUCGACUGUGCACAGUAUUUCCUGGAUAGGGUCCAUGUAGUCAAGCAGCCAGACUAUGAACCAACAGAUCAGGACAUUCUACGGUGUCGUGUGUUAACGUCGGGUAUCUUUGAAACCAAGUUUGAAGUAAAUGAUGUUAAGUUUCACAUGUUUGAUGUAGGAGGUCAAAGGGAUGAAAGAAGGAAAUGGAUUCAGUGUUUCAAUGAUGUAACAGCGAUAAUCUUUGUGGUGGCAUGCAGUAGUUACAACAUGGUGUUGCGGGAAGACCCCAGCCAGAACCGCCUUAGGGAAGCCCUAGACCUUUUCAAGAGCAUUUGGAAUAACAGAUGGCUGAGAACAAUCUCUGUCAUCCUAUUCCUGAACAAGCAAGACCUUUUGAAACAGAAAGUGAUGGCUGGCAAGUCAAAACUGGAAGACUACUUCCAUGAAUUUGCCCGGUAUACAACACCUUCAGAUGCCCAACAUGAGCCAGGCGAUGAUCCAGAAGUAACGAGGGCCAAGUACUUCAUUCGAGAUGAGUUUUUGCGGAUUAGCACAGCAAGUGGGGAUGGAAAGCAUUACUGCUAUCCACACUUCACAUGUGCUGUGGACACAGAAAACAUCCGACGUGUCUUCAACGACUGCAGAGAUAUCAUCCAGAGGAUGCACCUACGGCAGUACGAGCUGUUGUGAUUGGUUGUGCAGCUCGCGUCACCUUGUGCCGGGGAAAGAGAGGUUGCAAUUUUCCCACGAUGCAAUUCCUGAGUGGAGUAUAUAAUUGAGAGGUGUAAAUGUAUGCUAUGAAGACAGAUUUUACCAAUUAUAUGUAAAGACAAGAAAUUUUUAAUUUCCUAGAGUUGAGACUAUCAUGAACAAGAACAUGAACUCCCAUGUCAGAGGAUCUGGAACUUCACUUGUAGUAGUUUGGUUUGUUUGUGUAUACACAUAACGCAACAUAUUGCGAAAUAUACUGUAAAAUUGUGACACCUUUCCACAGUAUCAGCCUUUCCCAUAUCACAAUGGAUAAGCAGACAUGUCAGAUAUAUUUCCAUUUCUUGUAACUGUCAUUCCAAGUCACUACAGUGACUACGUUCCAAAAUGUCCUAGAGGCAGUUGUAUUUUGGUGAGUUAGGCGAGAAAGGGGUUUACCUUGUGGCCAACCUGAUCCAUUUGGGAUGACCAGUGGAUGACUUGUAACUUCAAGGUAAUUUUAAGACAUUUUAAUUAGGUAAAUAAACCCAAAUGUUCCACUGGAAAUAUUGAUAUAUCGUCCAUGUUAUGAUGGAGCAUGUGCUAUUUUUCUGUGUAGAUUCCAUCAUGUGGUCUAAAGAGUGAUCUCAAACCACCUGUGAUAGUUUUAUAUUUUUUUUUUCAAAUGCAAAUGGUGAACUCUGACAUAGUGUAUUUUUUCAGCAUUGACUGAUUUCUGCCAAAGCUCUACAUAACAAAAGCUUCAGUCUCUGCCUCUCCGAUGUAUACUGAUCUUAGACGACCUGUGUCCACCUGUAUUUCGUAAGAUCUUUGUACACAAAAGAAUCAUUUCAAAUGUUGACCUGUUUUAACACUGUGUUAUGAGCCAUAGGUAUGCACAAAGAUGAUGAUAUUUGUGUAUUUCCAGAUUCUGUAUAGUAUACCUGCACCUGCACUAGUUGGAAUGAGUUGGACAAGAGCUCAAGCCUAGCCAUAUGUGUACAUUGUAACUUAUAUAUAUCUCAGCAAUAAGAGACAAGAUUUCGUCAUAUAGGGCACACCUCUGAGAGUACAUAAAGCAUGUAUUAUUAUCAUCAUCAUCUUCAUCAUUAUUGUCUGUGGAAAUUUUGUGAUGUUCCCAGUCUUGUACAGAUGUAUAUUGAUUAAUUUGAAGCAUUAGUUCUGUGACAGUGGGAUGCUAUUGCCUUCUGCCUUUCACCAUUUCUCUCAAUUGUACAGAGGCUUUGAAAAAACAAUGCCAUGUUGUGUGGAAAAUUCCACAGUCUGGUCUCUUUUGUAUGGGUAAAGUUGACUAGCUGUAAGGACAGUUAAAUGAAGGCUGCUUGUAAAGCAAGAUAUCUGUCUUUGUAUCCCCUCACAUAAAUAACGUCAAGUGAACUGGAA